AUGUCAAGAACUACAAGAAAGAAAUUGAAAGACGAUGAUAUAGAAAAUAUGCUAAUGCGGUUAGAGGCUGGCGAAAUUUCAGAAGACGAUGCCGAAUCAGAUGAGGAUGACUUGGAUUUCUAUCCGUCUCGCAAAGAUCUACAAGCCGUACUCGAAGAUAAAGAAGUAAGUGAUGAAGAGGAAGUGCCUGAAACUGAAGAAUGCCCGGAUCCUCCCCCUGGUUCAUGA